AUGCCGUGGUUCCCGGUGAAGAAGCUCCGCAAGCAGGCCAAGCUGCUGCUCCUGCUGCUGCUGCUCACCGGCGCCGCGUGGCUCACGUACGUGCACCUGAGCCUGGGGCGCCGGGGCCGCGCGCUGCGCCAGCCGCUGGGCUACGGGCGAGACAGUGAGAAGCUGAGCGGUGUGACCGACGGCCGGGGGGUCCGGGCUGCACUGUCCACGCAGCGGGCAGAGGACUCCAGCGAGAGUCGCGAGGAGGAGCAGGCGCCCAGCAGCCAGGACCUGAACGUGCUGUUUUCUGGGGGAGCCGGAAGGCCGCCCCCCCUGAACCUCACACAUCAAGCACCCCCCUGGCGGGAGGAGUACAAAGGGCAGGUGAACCUGCAUGUGUUCGAGGACUGGUGCGGGGGCGCCGUGGGCCACCUGAGGAGGAACCUGCACUUCCCGCUGUUCCCUCACACGCGCACCACCGUGAAGAAGCUGGCUGUGUCCCCCAAGUGGAAGAACUACGGCCUCCGGAUCUUCGGCUUCCUCCACCCGGCGAGAGACGGAGACGUCCAGUUCUCUGUGGCUUCCGACGACAACUCUGAGUUCUGGCUGAGCCCCAAUGAGAGCCCGGCAGGCGCCCAGCUGGUGGCCUUUGUGGGCAAGACCGGCUCAGAGUGGACGGCGCCUGGAGAGUUCACCAAGUUCAGCUCCCAGACGUCCAAGCCCCGGCGGCUCAUGGCCUCCCGGAGGUACUACUUUGAGCUGCUGCACAAGCAGGACGACCGAGGCUCGGACCACGUGGAAGUGGGUUGGCGAGCCUUCCUUCCCGGCCUGAAGUUCGAGGUCAUAGGGCCUGCUCACCUCUCGCUGUACACAGAUGAGUCCUCCCUGAAGAUGGACCACGUGGCCCAUGUUCCACAGUCCCCGGCCAGUCACGUGGGGGGGCGCCUGCUGCCCGAGGAGCCCAGAGCCGACAUGCUGAGGCCAGACCCUCGAGACACCUUUUUCCUCACGCCGCGCGUGGAGCCCUCGAGCCUGGAGAACGUGCUGGAGCCGUGCGCCUACGCCCCCACCUACGUGGUCAAGGACUUCCCCAUCGCGAGAUACCAGGGCCUGCAGUUUGUGUACCUGUCCUUCGUGUACCCCAACGACCACACGCGCCUCACGCACAUGGAGACGGACAACAAGUGCUUCUACCGCGAGUCGCCGCUGUACCUGGAGAGGUUCGGGUUCUACAAGUACAUGAAGAUGGACCAGGAGGAGGCGGGGGAGGACGCCGAGCAGGCGCAGCGCCGAGCCUUCCUCUUCCUCAGCCCGGACGACUUCCUGGAGGAAGAGGAGGAGGGGGAGCUGCUCGACAGUCUGGAGCCCACGGAGGGGGCCCUGAUGCAGCGCCGCCGCCGCCCCCCCACCCCUGCAGCCCCCACAGAGGCCCGAGCUACCCCCGCCCCGCCCACGCCUCCCCGCGCGGAUCAGGAGCGCACCUCCAGGCGCUCCCGGGCGCUCAGCUGGGCCCCCCGGGCCGCACCCCCGCUGCCCCUCCUCCUAGGCCGCCCCCCGCCCCCUCGCUCCGCAGCCGCGCAGCCGCCCCCCAAGGUCUACGUGACUCGGGUGCGGCCGGGUCUGCGGGCGCCCGCUCGGGCCCUGGCGCCGCUCAGCGCGGGCAGCGUGCCCUGGCCGCCUUUCCCUGGCAUCUUCCUGCGCCCCAGGCCCCUGCCCCGGGUGCAGCUGCGGGCGCCCCCACGCCCGCCCCGGGCUCGGUCUCCGGGCCAUAGGACCAGCGGCUCCCGGGCCACAGAGCCUAAGCCCCCCGCCUGGGCGCGGGCCACGCAGGGGAGCCGGGAGGGCCGGGCACCGCCGCUGGGACCCACGGCCCCCACGGAGAACUCGAAUGCGCCUUCGGAGGCGCGCCCCGCGACCUCCUUCCUGAGCUAUUCCCAGGUGUCCCGGCCACAGCUGCCUGGGGAGGGGGAGGAGGAGGAGGAGGAGGGGGACGAUGACGGGGCCCCGGAGGACGAGGCCGCCUCGGAGGACAGCGAGGAGGCGGCGGGCCCCGCGGCGGGCCGCUGGCGCGAGGAGGCCAUCGACUGGCAGCGCACGUUCAGCGUGGGCGCCAUGGACUUCGAGCUGCUGCGCUCCGACUGGAACGACCUGCGCUGCAACGUGUCCGGGAACCUGCAGCUGCCGGAAGCCGAGGCCGUGGACGUGGUGGCUCAGUACAUGGAGCGGCUCAACGCGCGCCACGGCGGGCUCUACGCGCUCCUGCGCAUCGUGAACGUGGAGAAGCGCCGCGACUCUGCGCGCGGGAGCCGCUUCCUGCUGGAGCUGGAGCUGCAGGAGCGCGGGGGCGGCCGCCGGCGCCUGUCGGAGUUCGUCUUCCUGCGGCUGCCGGGCGCCCGCGCCGGGGACGCCGACUGGGACGAGGAGAGCCCGGAGCCCGCGGCCGCCGCCCCCUCGGCCUCCGCGCGCCCCGACGGCCUCCCCGAGCUCUGCCGGCCACUGCGCCUGGCCUGGCGCCAGGAUGUGAUGGUUCACUUCAUCGUGCCGGUGAAGAACCAGGCGCGCUGGGUGGCCCAGUUCCUGGCGGACAUGGCCGCGCUGCACGCGCGCACCGGGGACUCGCACUUCAGCGUCGUCCUGGUGGACUUUGAGAGCGAGGACAUGGACGUGGAGCGGGCCCUGCGCGCCGCGCGGCUGCCCCGGUACCAGUACCUGAGGCGAGCCGGGAACUUCGAGCGCUCGGCGGGGCUGCAGGCCGGAGUGGACGCGGUGGAGGACGCCGGCAGCAUCGUGUUCCUCUGCGACCUGCACAUCCACUUCCCCCCCAACAUCCUGGACGCCAUCCGCAAGCACUGCGUGGAGGGCAGGCUGGCCUUCGCCCCCGUGGUCAUGCGCCUGGGCUGCGGGAGCUCGCCCGCGGACCCGCACGGGUACUGGGAGGUGAACGGCUUCGGCCUCUUCGGCAUCUACAAGUCGGACUUCGACCGCGUGGGAGGCAUGAACACUGAGGAGUUCCGGGACCAGUGGGGCGGCGAGGACUGGGAGCUCCUGGACAGGGUCCUGCAGGCGGGGCUGGAGGUGGAGCGGCUGCGCCUGAGGAACUUCUACCACCACUACCACUCCCGGCGGGGCAUGUGGGCCACGCGCAGCCGUGGCCGUGGCCGUGGCCGUGGCCGGAAGGGCUCCCAGGCGGAGGGAGCGUGA